CUGCUUGCCCCCCUUCGAUCUAUUAGAUCGCCUUCUUCCUCCAUCGUAAGUGCACUGCCGGUAUCUAGAAUUCUAGAUCGAGCACUCAAGACAUCAACAACAAAACCAUAUAUACAUCGAUCAUAUAUAUACUUGGUAAAGAAAGAGUAAGCUACCUUUUGCUAGCUAGCCGGUGAUCAUGGAGGUGAAGGUGCUGAGCUCCAAGAUCGUCAAGCCACGGUACGCCGAGGGCGCGCCGCGGCCGGACACCACUGAGCACGUCCCGUCCUCGGUGUUCGACAAGAUCACGUACCACAUCCAGAUGGCCAUCAUCUAUGCCUUCCAGGCGCCGGCGCCCUCCACUGAGGACAUCGAGCGCGGCCUCGCCCAAGUGCUGUCCGUCUAUCGCCUCUUCGCUGGUCAGGUCUGCGCGGGCCCGGAUGGCGCGCUGGGCGUGCUGCUCAACGAUCACGGCGCGCGGCUCGUGGAGGCGCGCGUGGACGGGGCCACGCUGGUCGACUUCGCGCCGCCCAAGCCCUCGCCUGUGGUGUUGCAGCUGCACCCGGACCUGGAGGGCGACGUGGAGGAGGUGGUGCAGGUGCAGCUGACGCGCUUCGCCUGCGGCUCGCUGGCCGUCGGGUUCUCGGCCAACCAUGCCGUCGCUGAUGGCCAUGCCACCAGCGACUUCCUCGUCGCGUGGGGCCGCGCCACGCGAGGGCUGGACAUCUCCGCCCCGUCGCCGCCGCCCCACAACCACCCCGACCUCUUCCCGCCCCGCGACCCGCCGAUCGUCGAGUUUGAGCAUCGGGGCGUCGAGUACUAUCGGCCGACGCCCAGCAACCCCAAGCAGGGCGAGAGUGGGCACCACGGCGCCGACAACGUGAUCAUCCACAAGGCGCACUUCACCAAGGACUUCAUCGCCGGGCUGCGCGCCAAGGCGUCGGAGGGGCGCGGCAGGCCGUUCAGCCGCUUCGAGACCACGCUCGCACACCUGUGGCGCACUAUGACGCUCGCGCGUGGGCUCAGCCCCGAGGAGACCUCCACCAUCCGCAUCUCCGUGGACGGGCGGCGGCGCCUUUCCGCCCCACCGGGGUACUUCGGCAACCUGGUGCUCUGGGCGUUCCCGCGCACCACGGUGGGGGACCUGCUGAGCCGGCCGCUGAAGCACGCGGCGCAGACGAUCCACGACGCGGUGGCCCGCCUCGACGGCGCAUACUUCCAGUCGCUGGUGGACUUCGCGAGCUCCGGCGCCGUGGAACGGGAGGGGCUGGAGAAGACGGCGGUGCUGAAGGACGUGCUGUGCCCGGACCUGGAGGUGGACAGCUGGCUGACGUUCCCGUUCUACGAGCUGGACUUCGGCGCCGGCAGCCCGAGCUACUUCAUGCCGUCCUACUUCCCCACGGAGGGGAUGCUGUUUCUGGUGCCGUCCUACCUCGGCGACGGCAGUGUCGAUGCCUUCGUCCCCGUCUUUGAGCACAACCUGGAGGCCUUCAAGCAGUGCUGCUACUCCAUGGACUAAAGAUCAGCUAAUCAUCAAGCAGCAAGCCAGCGUGCGGCUACAUAUUACUGUAUUAUUGAGUGAUUAAAUCAGCGAUUUGAGCUUAAUCAUCUCGCUUGCAAUUGCGUGCGUGCGUGCAUGCAUGCAUGUAAUUAUUAUCUCUGCUUACCUCCGUGUAUCUAUCGUAUCACGUGUAUAUGUAUUUGAUUAUUUUUAGGGAAGUAUAUAUGUAUUUGAUGUACAUGCAUUUGUUGUUAUUCGUAAU